AUGUUACGUCGCAUCUCCAUCUCUCAGAGCGCCUUGUUCAAGAGACCGGCCUCUUUGAAAGGACUCAUGGCCUCUACAGCACACCCACAUACACCACACGACACCGCCAUCAUGAGCGAGACGUUCGAGUUCCAGGCCGAGAUCUCUCAGCUGCUCUCCCUCAUCAUCAACACGGUCUACUCAAACAAGGAGAUCUUCCUGCGAGAACUCAUCUCCAACUGCUCCGACGCCCUCGACAAGAUCCGCUAUGAGGCCCUCUCAAACCCAAGCGCGCUCGAUUCGGGCAAGGACCUGCGCAUCGACAUCAUCCCGAGCAAAGACAACAAGACCAUCGUCAUCCGCGACACCGGCAUUGGCAUGACCAAGGCUGACCUCGUCAACAAUCUCGGAACCAUCGCCCGCUCGGGUACCAAGCAGUUCAUGGAGGCGCUCACCGCUGGUGCAGACGUGUCCAUGAUCGGGCAGUUCGGUGUUGGUUUCUACUCCGCAUACCUCGUCGCCGACAAGGUGACCGUCAUCUCCAAGCACAACGAUGACGAGCAAUACAUCUGGGAGUCGAGCGCCGGUGGCACCUUCAGCGUCAAGCAGGACACUGAGGGCGAGCAGCUCGGACGUGGCACCAAGAUGAUCCUGCAGCUCAAGGACGAGCAGACUGACUACCUCAACGAGAGCAAGAUCAAGGAGGUCGUCAAGAAGCACUCCGAGUUCAUUUCCUACCCCAUCUACCUUCACGUGCUCAAGGAGACCGAGACGGAGGUACCUGAUGAGGAGGCUGAGGAGAGCAAGGAAGAGGGUGAUGACAACAAGCCCAAGGUGGAGGAAGUCGAAGACGAGGACGAGGAGAAGAAAGAGAAGAAGACCAAGAAGGUCAAGGAGAGCAAGAUCGAGGAGGAGGAGCUCAACAAGACCAAGCCCAUCUGGACCCGCAACCCUCAGGACAUCUCCCAAGAGGAGUACGGCUCUUUCUACAAGUCGCUUUCCAACGACUGGGAAGACCACCUCGCCGUGAAGCACUUCUCCGUCGAGGGUCAGCUCGAGUUCCGCGCUAUCCUUUUCGUGCCCAAGCGCGCACCCUUCGACCUCUUCGAGACCAAGAAGACGAAGAACAACAUCAAGUUGUAUGUGCGCCGUGUGUUCAUCACUGACGAUGCGACCGACCUCAUCCCCGAAUGGCUGUCGUUCGUGAAGGGUGUCGUCGACUCUGAGGACCUGCCGCUCAACCUGUCCCGUGAGACCCUACAGCAAAACAAGAUCAUGAAGGUCAUCAAGAAGAACAUUGUCAAGAAGACACUCGAGCUGUUCAACGAGAUUGCCGAAGACAAGGAGAACUUCGACAAGUUCUACACCGCCUUCAACAAGAACAUCAAGCUUGGCAUCCACGAGGACAGCCAGAACCGCCAGGCGCUGGCCAAGCUGCUGCGGUUCAACAGCACCAAGACUGGUAGUGAGGAGAACACUUCGCUUCAGGACUACGCCACCCGCAUGCAGGAGCACCAGAAGCAGAUGUACUACAUCACCGGCGAGAGCAUCAAGGCCGUUGAGAAGUCGCCCUUCCUCGACGCCCUCAAGGCCAAGAACUUUGAAGUUCUGUUCCUUGUCGACCCCAUUGAUGAGUACGCCUUCACGCAGCUCAAGGAGUUCGACGGCAAGAAGCUCGUCGACAUCACCAAGGACUUCGAGCUCGAGGAGACCGACGAGGAGAAGAAGAAGCGUGAGGAGGAAGAGAAGGAGUACGAGUCGCUGGCCAAGUCGCUGAAGAACGUGCUCGGCGAGAAGGUCGAGAAGGUGGUGGUGUCGCACAAGCUCGUCGGCUCGCCUUGCGCCAUCCGUACCGGCCAGUUCGGCUGGUCCGCCAACAUGGAGCGCAUCAUGAAGGCGCAGGCCCUGCGCGACACCUCCAUGUCCAGCUACAUGAGCAGCAAGAAGACGUUUGAGAUCUCGCCCAAGAGCCCGAUCAUCAAGGAGCUGAAGAAGAAGGUCGAGAGCGACGGCGAGAGCGACCGCACCGUCAAGAGCAUCACCACGCUGCUCUACGAGACCUCGCUGCUGGUGUCCGGCUUCACUAUCGAAGAGCCGGCCGACUACGCGGAGCGCAUCCACAAGCUCGUCUCGCUUGGUCUGAACGUGGACGAGGAGGUCGAGACGUCGGAGGAGGCGGCCAAGGAGGACGGGCCUGCAGCUGAGGCGACGGGCGAGAGCGCCAUGGAGGAGGUCGACUAG